AUACGGUACUGUCUGUGACCGAGAGUGGUUUGUAUGCCAAAUUGCCGAUGCCGACAAAACUUUCUUUAGUUUUUGAGGUUGGACUUUGGAAAUUAGUUUAAUUUUUUGGUUUCAGGCUGAAGCUUAUUCAAGUUCUAAUUUAUGUUACGUAAAUGAUUAAAAUCUUCAAAUAGAUCUGAAGAGUUAUAUUCUUUUCAAGUGUGUUGUUUGUACAACGUUGUUAGAAUAAAAAGCCAUGAGCGAUACCGUGGGUUUAUCUGACAUGGAAGUGAAGAAACUUUGCCAAGAUCCAGAUCCUUCAACAAAGGACUUCAUCAUGCAACAGACUAUGUACAGAAUUAAGGAUCCUAGACUUUCGCUGCCAUUCUAUACUGGAGUGCUUGGAAUGACUCUUCUGAAAAAGUUUGACUUUCCAGAAAUGAAGUUCAGUCUCUAUUUCUUGGGCUACGAAGAUCCAGCUGAGAAACCGUCAGAUGAAGCAGAACUAAGUGAAUGGACAUUUUCAAGAAAGGCGGCUAUUGAAUUGACUCACAAUUGGGGAACAGAAAAUGAUCCAGAUUGUAAGUACCACAAUGGGAACAGUGAUCCUCGAGGAUUUGGUCACAUUGGAGUCAUGGUACCAGACGUCGAAAAAGCUUGUCAAAGAUUUGAAACACUUGGAGUUGAUUUUGUCAAAAAGCCCAAUGAUGGGAAAAUGAAAGGAAUCGCUUUCAUCAAAGACCCUGAUGGCUAUUGGAUUGAAAUAUUUAAUGCCAAAGCAACGCCAGUAAUGUUAGGUUCAUAGUAAAUAACAGGUAGCAAUCACUUUACUAGACACACAUUUUACUUCUGCUAUACGAAUUUUUCAGCAAAACAUUUUCGCAUCAUUGAGGUUUUCAAUGCAACUUAUGUAAAUUUUUAACGACAUUUUAAUGAAAGUUUGUAAUACUAGAGUUGAACAUGAAUCAUUCAUGAAUGUGGUCGACCAACUAUAAUAUAAUUUUCUGCACUACUUCAAAAGAUUAGUUGCCUAAUGAUUUUGUGCCUUAAAAAAUGGUAUGCAAUGAUGUUAAAAAAUACAUUUUAAAAUGAAUUUGAUCUUAAUUAUAA